AGUGAGAGCUCGGACAGCAAACACAGAGGACAGUGAUAUGGCCUGGGCUGUUCUUGUGAUCUACUUACAUAUCCAAGUUUUCCUUAUUAUUAUGGAAACAGGACAUGCUACUGAAAAUACUACUGGGAUGAUGGAAACUACAGCUGCAGGAGAUAUCAUCAUCGGGGGAAUCUUUCCCUUACGUACGGAUGUACAGAAAAGGAUAUCGUUUGCACCAGAACCCCAGCCAUGUGGCAGUUCUGACAAAAGAGGCCUGAUUAAGGCUCUGGCUAUGAUCAAUGCAAUCGAGGUCAUGAAUAACUCCUCUCGGCUCAAGGCUCUGAACGUCACUCUGGGUUACCGAAUCUUGGACUCCUGCACUGAUCCCAACACAGCUCUGAGAGUCAUAGGAGACUUCAUGCAGCGGGGCCACUGCUACACAGAGAGCAACAACUCCGCCUGUGCACAGCCAGUCAUGGCUGUUAUAGGUGGCUCUCUCUCUGAAAUAUCCAUUACCAUCGCUAGGCAACUGACACUCCAGAUGAUUCCUCAAAUCAGCUAUUCAUCAAGUGCUGUCAUUCUGAGUGAUAAAGUCCGCUUCCCUGCGUUUUUGAGGACUGUUCCUAAUGAUAAACAUCAGACAGCUGGCAUGGUCAGUCUGCUCCACACCUACGGCUGGAACUGGGUGGGAAUAGUUAUCACAGAUGGAGAUUAUGGCCGAUCAGCUCUGGACAACUUUGUGUCCCAGGCCUCUAAAAUCGGGAUCUGUGUGUCUUUCAAACUGAUUCUUCCUCAGUUUCAGACCAGUAAAGAAUUACUCUCUGCUAUCGAGCACACUGCCACAACCAUUCUCAACAAUCCCAAGGUGCAGGUCAUUGUGUCAUUUGCCAAGUCAAAUCAAAUGAAGCAUCUUUUCCAGAAGCUGAAGAAUCAGACACUGAGAGCAGGAAAGAGCAUGGAGUCAAUGAGAAGAGUGUGGGUGGCCAGUGACAGCUGGUCCUCCAGCAAAUCUGUGACAGAAAACAUGACUCUGAGGGACAUAGGACAAGUUGUGGGCUUCACCUUCAAGAGUGGAGACGGGUCAUCACUUGGGAACUAUCUGAACAAGCUGGAGGCAGCUGGACAUGAGUAUACAGGGAAUAACAGCUUCUUGACGAAGUUCUCUGUGCUGCAAAAUACCACGGAAGUUAUGAAAACUCUCAGGGAACACAUUCAUGCCCCCACUAUCUUCAGUACUGAGAUGGCUGUCAGCGCCAUUACUGAGACUGUGAUUUCUGUCUGCGGGAGCAGAGACUGCAAAACGCCAGGCAAAAUGCAACCCUGGGAGAUACUGAAAGCUCUGCAGGAGAGAGAGUUUAAACUUGGAGGAAAAACCUACAAGUUUGACAAGAAAGGUGACAUCAGCCUGGGCUACGACGUGACAAUGUGGUGGUCGGAUGGAGAAACAAUCAAAAUCAGUGAUGUUGUGGCUGAAUACCACCCACACACCAACAACUUCACUUACACCGACCAUAUCAACACCCAGUAUUUCCAGGACCUGAAGAAGAUCAUCUCCAAGUGCUCCAAUAGCUGCGUCCCUGGAGAGUUCAAAAAAACAGCUGAAGGUCAACACACCUGUUGUUAUGAGUGCAUCAACUGUACUGAGAACUACUACUCAAAUAAAACAGAUAUGGACCAGUGUCUGAGCUGUGACACAAACAGAGAGUGGUCGGCAGAGGGCAGCUCCAGCUGCACCCUCAAAGAAGUGGUCUACUUCUCCUGGCAGGACAAAUAUGCUGUGGUGCUCCUGACCUUUUCUGCCCUGGGCAUCCUCCUGGCUGUGAUCGUGUCUGCUCUGUUUUUACAUCAGCGUGAAACUCCUGUGGUGAAAGCUGCCGGAGGGCCAGUGAGCCAGGUCAUCCUAUUCUCUCUGGUCAUCAGUUACAUCAGCGCCAUGCUGUUUGUCGGUCGGCCCAACCAUUUCCAGUGUAAGGCUCGACAGGUGCUCUUCGGUAUUAGCUUCACUCUGUGCGUCUCUUGCAUCCUGGUCAAGACCCUGCAGAUCCUGCUGGCCUUCCAGUUCAACCCUGCACUGCAGGGGGUUCUGCGGAGGUUCUUCAAGCCUUACAUCAUCGUCAUCUUCUGUGUGGCCUUGCAGGUGAUUACUUGUAUCUGCUGGCUGGUCAUGAAAAGCCCAUAUCAUAAAACCAACCCGCAACCAACCACUUUGCUGGAGGAGUGUAACGAGGGCUCAUAUUUGGCCUUCGGUGUGAUGUUGGGCUACAUAGCUCUCCUAGCGUUUGUGUGUUUCAUCUGUGCCUUCAAAGGUCGCAAACUUCCAGAGUUCUACAAUGAGGCAAAGUUCAUCACCUUCAGUAUGCUGCUCUACCUUAUCUCCUGGAUGCUCUUUGUUCCUGUCUACAUUACCACCUCAGGAGUUUACCUAUCGGCUGUGGAGAUGGUGGUCAUUCUCAUCUCCAACUACGGCAUCUUCAGCUGUCAUUUCUUACCAAAGUGCUACAUUAUCAUUUUCAAGAAGGAGCAAAACACCAUGAAUGCUUUCAGAAAGAAUGUAUAUGACUAUUCCAGCAGAACCUCUAAUUCUAUCUCCAUAUCUGAGAGUUCAAUGUCAGAGAAACAGUCUAGCGUUCAGGACUUCAUCUGUGCUCUGUCAUACUCCGUUCCUGCAGAUGGUCUCCUUGAACCUGGAGUAGUGACAAACUGCAGAGAGGGAACAAGCCACACAAGUUUACACAGAAGCCCAGCAACAAAACACUCUUUCAGAAGAAGCAGCAUAUAACUGUCAUUAUUUAAAAUGGGUUGUGAGGAGGGAUGCAACUAUUUGACAUUUCUUUUUCUGUCCUGAUAGUGAAACUGAUUCCUGGGCUUUGGUUAUGGGCCAACAAAGAAUACAAAUGUUUAAUACAUCACCUGUAUGCCUAAUUGUGUGAAAGACACAGGAGGAUUCUUCAAGUGUACGGCAACAUCAGGCGUGACUUGAACAUUGAUUUCCUAACUUUGCAAAACAAAAUGUAGGGUGAAAUCUGGUAAAUUUGGCAGUUUUGAUUUCUACGACUUAUUCCGAUAUGUGUUUUCACAUCCGAUCAAAAAAUUAUACCUUUCUGAAAGCCUCAAAAUGUUUUCCUAACCACAUAAAAAGAAAUAAUUGCAAUAUCAUACACAGAGGAGACAAAUUCUGCCUGAAAUUGAUGAUAUGGGACAGGUCACCAUGUAAUCUGGGACACUUGUAUUAGGCUUUAAAAAAUCCCCUUUCUUUUUGCUUGUCAAGCUCAAUAUUAUCUAUUUUAAAAAGCAAUAUGAAAAAGGGACUAAAAAAUGAAUAAGAAAAUGUAUAUUAUUCAUAGAAAUGUCAAUAAUCCUUAAUAACAUGAAAACAUAAUGUUUAUAAAGAACCCUAGCCUGUGAAAGGUGUAUCACAUUUUUAAAACAUCAAUUAAACUCAGUAACUCAGUCGGUAAUUUGUCAUUCUAUUGACGCCACUCAGGGAACAAAGAGUCCUUGCAGGUGAAAGACUCAUCAUCAUCCAUCAGCCCAUUGUUUGGUGAAACCAGUGGCUGCAGACCACAGGACACACUCUUCUGAGCUUUUUAGAUCAUCUCUGUCCUAGAGAGCUGACUGAUUAAGGGCUAGUUAACUAACCAGACAAUCACUUUAAACAGACAGGGACAAACUGUAUUUACCAUCAACUCCUGCCUGACACUGGAGACCAUAUACUACAUCUCUGUUGUUAAUGCACAUUUCCCCAUUUAGAGAAGUGACUGUCCCAGAUUACCCAAAGCAUGCUGUCCCACAUUGUCAAUCGUGUUUGAUAAAGUAAGACAACUACAAAAUGUUUGAAAAAAAAACCUAGAACACAUUUUUAACAAUGUAUAUUUAUUGCUUGAAUACAUCACAAACAUAAUCUAUCUAUGACAGAUGUAUAUCCUCAACAUUUAACACGAUCUGCAGUGGUUAUUCAAUAAGAAUUAAGUUUAUACUAAAUAAGGUUUGUACAUAAUUCUUAAGUCUAAAUAUUUUUUCCAAUUAUAGGCUCAUCAUUUGAAUUAAGGGCUUUUAAAAGGGAUUUGUAACUCAUCAUCUUGGUAUUUCAUUUAUGAGUGCUUCUGCGAUGUUAAUGCUAAACUGGUGCACUGGUGAAAUAAAACAGACUGUGUUUAACAACGAAGGACGAAGACUGUGAAUAACACAGACUGGCCCAUAACUUGUUUUUUUGCUUUUGGAUUUUUCUGUCAGGAGUGGCCAAAGCUCAACAGUCCCCUUAAAUUAGGGUCUGAGCGGAAAAUCUUCUGCUGUGUUGUUCAUGUGUGAAAGGCAAACUCUGUUUGUCUUUUGUUUUAUUUGUUAUUUUAAAUCAAGAUCCAUGCAUUACUCUUUGGGAAAUCAGUUGAAAAGUCAAACAA